GACUAUCAACUCUAUACAUUCAUCUCCUCAUCUAUCGUAUAAAAUGACCACUUUAAGUCUGAUAUUUAAGCAUCUUCAACUAUGUAAAUCGUUACAUCACGCACAAGCAAUAUAAACAAAAUAGUUAAAGUAUAUAAUUGGUAUUUGGUGGCCUCACAACUAGACCUCAAAAGCUGAGCUCCAUCGUCAAUGUCAUCAGAAGCUAUUGAGUGACUGAUUGUUGACAAUUCCAUCCACAGACCAGCUGCGAUACAAAUGAGUAGCUAUCAAUCACCCACUGACCACUCGGUACACGGUGCGACUUCAGUGGAUAUUUAUAGCCUCCCCACAAAGUCUCAGACGUUCAAGGCAAACAAGUCCACCGCGGCAAGAAGCCAUAUUCCUUGGAAAAUGGAACCUUUGACCGCCAAACUGACAUUCCUCCUAUUGGUACUCGCUACUUCAAUCCUAUUUCCCCAUCCCGCAUCCAGCAGUUCCUGCUCCGCAGGCGACCUUACUACCGUGCAAUCCGUUCUGCUGACGUCAGUCAACGCUGGGGAUCCCCUGCAGCCGUCGGAAACAGCUCUGAAACGUUGUCCUGCCUUGACGAACAUCACCGAGACCCUGCGCCUGAUGGUUUCGGGCAUGCGUCAAGUAGAGCAAGCUGGGAUCUGCAGUGAUCGGGUCAGGAAACUACGGGAGGCUUUCAAACAGAAGAUCAACAAAGUCGUCACAAUCAAAACGAUUGCCUCGCUUCCGGCACAGGUCGACAAGCUCCGGGCAGAAAUGAUGGAGGCAACCAGGGAGCUGUACGAAGACGCCGUGGCGUCCGUGGUCAAGCUGCUGUGGAUAAACCAGGCGUUUUCUGUUCGUAGUUUUUCCAAACACAAGCUGGUUUCGCCACUGAACAAGCUCAGUCCGGACUAUAGGUUGUACCUGAACUCGUUGCAGUAUCUGAAUCGAACCAAGAAUGAAGCAAUGGUUGGCAGCGUGUUUGACGCGAUCUUGAGCCGGUUGAACAAGUUGGACGUGGGUAUUCGGCGCAGGAUGGAAACGGGAAGGAACGAUUUGGUGACUCUGCUCUGUUGGACCGUCAAUAAUGGUUUGCUGGGUGAGAAGUAUAUCGAGAAGAAGGGGGACAUUUUGAGGCUCGCUUUGCAGUUUUAUCCGAAGGAUGGUGACACGAAGAGCUAUCAAGCGGAUAUACAACGGCGGAAAACUUGCCCGGAGAGAUUCCCCGAUACGGUGAUCAGGGGGAUGGCUUUGGGUUUGAGAGAUGUUAAAUGAAAGGGAAAUGAAGAAAAUGUUACUGUUCUAGAAAUUAUUCCAAUCACACCCAAUUAAUCCUCGUUAUAAGAUCCAGCAUUUGGCCAUCGUGGCUCCUUCCGCUUGCGACGAUUCCUGCUUGGCCUGCUUCUCGAAAAUGUGUGAUUUCAUCGCCAAUUUCAUUUGAGCGAGGUUCUCUUGAGACGGUUUAUCUACUGAAAGUCGAUCAGUUUUUUUCCCUUGAUUUGUUUCUAUUGAUCUUGUUUUCUGUAUUGAAUACCAAUGCUACCGACGCCAGGGAGGCAGCUCCCACACCUGGAUCCUACC